AUGGAGCCUCCUGUCAGUCGUGAAGCAGUCUACAAUGCAUCUUACCGUCCCAUGACAAUCAUUGCAGGCGAAACGGUCAUCGCUGGCGAGCCAGUCACACCGCCUGAUGAUGUUAGGAGAUACGGUAAGGGCAAAGGCCGGGAUCGCGAUCAACCUGCUUACACGAAUCCAUACUUCGACGAGCCUCUCUGUCCUCUCGAGACCCGAAGUUCUCCGCUAGAGGCCGUGAACAGUCCUUACGUUCACACCAAAGCGACUGAUCUCAAAGCGACUGACGUCAAAAGGAAAACACUGUUCGAUGAGCUCGCGCGGUUCUCCUUCGACAGUAUCCGCAGCUCAUCUGACUGGUCAGACGCCCAAUCUCCUGCAACCACCGUCAGCACCGGCAUCCUCUUCCCCGAGCAACAGCCCGAUUUCAGCCAGACAAUUGCUGAGGACGACGACGAAGAUCUCGACAUUACUGCCGAGCUUCAAGCUGGUAACAACAGUGGCAGGGAUGCCGAAGCUGCUAAUGCAGCCCCUGCACCGAUAGCAGGUCCAUCCCGAGCACACAUUCCUCGUGCACGGCAAACCGACACCAGUCCGCUCAAGCCGAUCCAGCACAAAGACAUCGAAAUGGGCAAUAUGUCACGCGAUAUCAGCGGCACAACGCUCACCGCAUCUGUCGCUAAGUCCAGAAGCUGCUGGCAAGCCCUUGCCAAUGCUGUUAACGGCAUAAGUAGAGCUUAUGAAGAAGAGUACUUCCCGAAAACCGACGCACCCACUCAACAGUGGAAAGCAUUUGGAGAGCGAAUAUCCCCAGCCGGAACCAUUGCAGAGGUCAGCAAAGCAUUUGCGGGUACUGUCUACAAGGCUGCGAAUGAUGAUUUCUCGCGGAAAUGGAGGUCCGCCUGCUUGAAGAUCAGCCAGUGUCUUGACAUUGUCAAUGAGGCUUGUGUAAACGCUGUCGUGACGAAGAGGUACCAGCCGGGAGAUCAUGAGAUGGUCUAA